CGGCGGGGCGGUCGCGCCUGCGCGGCGGGGCCGCGUUGCCAUGAGAGCGGCGAUGGCGCCGCGCUGAGCCAGGGAUGAGUUUAAGCUUGAAGGCGGUGGCUGUGACCAGCUCAUCUCCCCAGGAUGCCACACAAGAUUGGUUUCACGGUGGUCAGUUCGUCGGGACACGAGGAUGGGUUCAGUGCCCGGGAGCUGAUGGUUCAUGCACCGACAGUGAACGGGUGGCGCUCGCCCAGGCUCUGUCAGUACCCCCAGGAAAUCACCCUGCAGCUGGUGGAGAGGUGUCGGAUCCGGAAGCUGCAGCUGCUCGCUCACCAGUACAUGAUUGCAAGCAAAAUUGAGUUCUACAUCAGUGAAAGCCUGCCUGAAUAUUUUGCUCCGUAUCAGUCAGAGAGGUUUCAGAGACUUGGUUAUGUCCUUCUCUCAGACAAUGAGAAGACUGAUUUCAGAGCUCGGGAGUUGAAAUCUGUAUACUUGGAUGCAGUUGGCCAGUACCUGAAGCUGAUUUUCCAUAAAAAUUAUGUCAACAAAUACAACUUGUACGGGCAGGUUGCCCUGGUAGCUGUGAACAUCAUUGGGGAUCCAGCAGACUAUGGCAUUGACAGCAUGAGCAGUCCCUCCAGAGAGAAGCUGAUAGAUCACUACUUGGGAAUUAAAUUGGAUGACCCUGCCUUAGAUGGAACUUACCUUGGGAAACGUGACUCCAUUUCACCUCUGGAUGAUUUGGCCUUUGACAUGUACCAGGACCCAGAAGUGGCUCAGAUCAUCCGGAGGCUGGAUGAGAAGAAGAGGGAAGCUGUGCGUCUCGAGUGCUACGACCAGGCCAAGAAGCUCAAACAGGCCAUUGCAGACCUGCAGAAGGUGGGCGAGCGACUCGGUCGGUACGAGGUGGAGAAGCGUUACGCGGUAGAGAAGGAGGAUUAUGACCUUGCCAAGAAAAAGAAGGAGCAGAUGGAUGAGUACAGGCUGAAGGUGUACCAGCAGCUGGAGCUGCACGAUCUCCUGGAUGCACAGCUGCUGAUCCGAAAGCCACCUGAGUUGGCUUUGGGAUCUGUGAGUGGCACUGAGAGCCCCCAGAGCUCCCCUCCUGAGCCUGCAGACCCACCCCAAGGAGAGCCCCUGAGGGCAGAGCCUGUGCUGGAAGAGCAGUUGAUGGAUCCCACUUCUUCUGAGCCUGUUGUUCCCUACCAGUCCCCUCUUUCUCCUCGGACUCAGCCCACAAGCUCCAAGGAAAAUGUUGAAAUUUUACCUUAUGAUGAGAGACCUCUCCCAGCCAUCUGCAAGCAGGUGGAUGAAGCUGUUGCCUAUGUUGAGCCAGAGGUGACUGAAGAGGAUGUGGGUGAUACUCCAAGGACUGGCAAUACUGGGGAGCCUGAACAACUCACGGAGAAGGCACUGAAGGAAGCCAGCCCUGUUGUGGAAGUUUUUGGAGAGACAUUGGUUUCAGGAGCGUAUUCCAGAACGUGGUCGUGUCGAGAAGACGCUUUACUGACUGUGUACAAGAAGCUGAUGGAAGUGUCAGUGGACACUCCAAAGGAGGAUUUAAGGAACAUGCUGAGGGCUGCUGUUUUCCUUGUGAGGAGGGCUAUAAAAGACACUGUAUCUUCAGUUUUUCAGGCUUCCCUGAAACUUCUAAAAAUGAUCAUUAUCCAAUAUAUACCUAAACACAAACUAGGAAAGCUAGAAACUUCUCAUUGUGUGGAAACAACCCUGCCACAUUUGCUUUCUAGAACAGGAGACUCUUCAUCCCGUCUUCGCCUUCUGGCUUCAACCUUCAUCCAGGAAAUGGCACUGUGCCCUGAAGUAAAACCUCUCCAGAUUAUUCCAGUGCACCUGGUUAAAACAUUAAAACCAAACUCCCCAACGCACCUGGCAAUGAGUCACGUGGAACUGGUGGAAUCUCUCUUGGGGGCCAUGGGGACUGAAAACUCUGGGUUUACCAUCAACAAUGUCAUGAAGUUUGCCACGGGAGCUCUGGAGCACAGGGCUCACGAGGUGCGUGAGGUGGUGCUGCGGAUCAUCUUUGCCAUGUACAGGGAGCACAGGGCAGCCGUGCUGGAAUAUCUCCCGCUGGACGACGCCGGCGCCCGCAGGACCGUGCGCUACAAAACUCUCUUUGAGGGGUUUGCCAAAAUCGAUGGGAAAUCUUCUGAAGCUGAAGUGAGGGCACAGAGAAAAUCAGCAACAGAAGCAGAGAAACAGACAAAGGAAGAAAUGAAAGUUCUAAAAGGCCACCCAGCAGCUCUGAAGUUAGAGUUACAAGCAGAGGUGGAAGCUGAAGAGGUGACCAUGUUUCAGUUUAAGGAGAAAGAAUCUGAUUUUCAGAAGACAGAGAAUCAAGGUUACCAGGUAUAUGAAGCUGCAGCAGCAAAGAUUCAGGAGGAACUUUCCUCUGUUGCAAAUUACCUGGAUAACUUGUGUAUUUUUUGUGGUGAAAGGAACGAGUCCUUCACUGAGGAAGGGUUGGAUCUGCAUUACUGGAAGCACUGCCCCAUGUUAACCCGAUGUGAGCACUGCAGACAGAUGCUGGAGAUUGCCAGCCUGACGGAGCACCUGCUGACCGACUGUGACAAAAGGGACAGCUUUGGGAGGUGCCCGCGCUGCAGAGAGGCCGUGCCCAGGGACGAGCUGCCCAGACACACAAAGAGCAGGAUUUGCAAUCCUGCCAAACCAGAAAAUGUGGCAAACCACUGUCCUUUGUGCCAUGAGAACUUUCCUCCUGGAGAAGAGGCCUGGAGAUCUCACCUGAUGAACAGAGAUGGCUGCAAAAUGAACCAGCAGAGGAUAUCCCCCCUGAACAAAACCAUUCUGGUGCAGCCUGCCAAAGUAGUUGGCCACUAUUUAAGGAGACCAGGUCCUUCAGGAGCAAGGUUUCAACCUCCUUCAAUAGAAAGCAAGAUCAGAACUCGAGGGGGCCCAAAUAAAAGUACUGGCAAAACAUACUCAAAGCGAUGAGAGGACAAGAAUUUCUUCCUUUGUCUGAAUAACUGGGCACAUGGCUGUUCAGAGCUAUUUUAAAAUUGUGGGCAAUGUUGUAUCAUCUUUCAUGUGGGUUGUUUUUAGCCUUGAGCAGUGCCUGGUGUGGUCCCCAUGGCAUUGCUGUCACUGCAGCACUGGGCUUUGCUUUGCUAGGAAUGCUCAUGUUGGAAAUACCAAAUGUUCUGGGACAAAACCAUUAUUUUGACAGAUAACUGUGCUCUCCUUUCCAAUCCCAUGUCUGUAAUUUAAUGGGUUCAAAGACAUCAAUUAUGUCAGGGGAGAAAAGUCUCUUCCCUGGGUCCCCUGAGGUGCUCGAGGAGCAGGAGCCAGAUAUGGGGGAAGCCUGGCCUUGUGUGUGUGUCAGAUUUAGGGUUCUAAAAGCAGCAGAGCUGUACUCAAAGCACUGCUCAACCCCAGGAAUUUGCACCAAUGGAAAAGCCAGAGGGCUGGCUGGAUGCUUUCCUGUGUUGUGCCACUGUGCAGGAGGUGACAGGACAUUGUGGCCUCUCUCACUGUGCACCAAGUGCCUUAGGAGCCCGCUUGGCAGGAGGGUUAAAGUAAACCCUCCAAGUCUGUAUCCCCAAGAAAUGGCCCAGAAAUGGCCCCACUUUCUGGGCCAUUUCUUGGGGAUACAGACUUGGAGGGUUUAGUUUGAAAUGAAAAAAUAAUCUUGCUUGGGCCCUGAAGAGCUUGAAUUAGUAAAUUUAGACCUUUUUGCCUGCUUUAGUGCACUUUCAGCUCAAAUACUGAGCUCCUGUAGUUAGAUGUUGAUUAAAAUAACCAGCCACAGACUGGAGCAUGAGUCUUGAACAGCUUCAGGGAGACAAAGUCUAUUAAGACCCAAGGCAUGAAGCUUUGUACCAAAGCAGCCAUUCUUACAUCUCUACCUGUAACAUUGGAAAGCUGUUGCUUUCCAAUGUGGAAUUGGUACCAUGGGCAGGGAAACGAGUGGUCAUGAUAAUAUGAGGGGAAAUUUGGGGGUUUUUGCUCCCAUGGAGUGACUUUGUGGUGUUGUUUUGUAUAUAGAGCUGAUUUUGUAAUAUAGUUUUUCUAGUUUGCCUGCAGCCUGCCUACCAGCUUAUGGAUUUUCCAGGUAGAUCAGUGUGCUUGGAUUUCAAAAUUUUUUGUAUAAAUUGUUUCUCUAACUCUUCCAAAUACAUAUUUCAGUAUUUACACACGUAUUAAGAACAUAAAUAUAUAUAGGUAUUUUUAUUUUGUCUUUAGUGACAUGGGUUCCUAUUUGAGAGCCUGAUUCUGUAUACUGAAUAAAUAAUAAAUAUCUCAAAAUAACCAUUGACCUUGCUCAGAGGUGUAAGGGUGAAAACUACUCUGUGGUACAAUAAGGAAAUAACUUAGUGGUGAUAAAAGAGAAAUUUUUUAGAAUGUGAAAGGACCCUUUUGGAGUACAGUAGUGCUACCAGUGUCAUGUUUAAAGGUGGAUUUACCACGGUUGCUCCUUAAUUAACAACCUGGGUUUGCUGCAGUGGCAAAAUAAACACUGGACUGAAAAACACCAUGAGGUCUGGUGCUGUGCCACCAAGUCUUGAGCAAAAUAUUCCCGAGGAAAUCCAUUGCACAGGUGCAGGUCUGGGCAGUGAAAGAAGUCUGCAAAGUGCUGGACUGGAACCUGGAUUUGGCAACAAUGGGGCCUCAGUAGGAAAGCAAGGAAAGAGUGUGGUCCUGAGCUCAGGGCUGGUUUCUGUGUGAUCUCUGUGCAUUUGAGCUGUGCCUUGAGUGUCAGCUGAGGUGUUUUCAUGUGUCACUGCAGAGAUUAUUCCAGAGCAGCCCCUCUCCAUGCGUGCAGGAGUUGAUCUCAUCCCAAAAGACCUUUUGGUGUUCCACUACCCCAAGAGAGCAAUUUAUAGUGAUUGCAUGUUCUGAAGUGCUGGAUGAGCAAAUCACAUAUUGAAAUACGGGAGAUUUUAUCAAGAAAACGAGUCGCUUGUGUUGAAUGUAAAUUAUUUUUCUUGCACAUAUUUAAUAAAUUACUUUAGCCAGUCUG